UAGGCUAGCUACUUUUUGUUCCCUCCCUCCCUCUGUUUUUUCUCUCUUCUCCCGCCUCUAUUUUUUCACUCUCUCAUUUAAGAGAGCAACACGAACCCUACUUUUUGACACAUACCGACCACUACUACAAACAUAACAUGGCAUCCGCAAGCCAGAAGAAGAAGGCCCCCGGACUCAUGGAUCAGAUCGGAACCUUCUUCGGAGGGGACAAGAAGAGGAAGAGCAAGGGAUCUUUCCGAGGAGCCCUCUCUCCAGCCCCUCAGAAAGCCGCCGCCGCCCCACGUAAGCGCGGACCAGAGAACGCUGUGGUCAGCUUCUUCCGCACGAUCGUGUCCCCUGCCCCUCCCAAGUCUAGGAAGUCACAGUCUGCUAAAGCCAAGAAGGCCAGUGCAGGGGACGGCAAAGGCACCCUGACUAGGAUCUUCAAAAUGUGAUGAUAUCAGCAGCAGAGGAAGCAGGAGUGCUUCUCCAGUAAAACGCUGAAGCCCCCCUCUAGGACCCCUUCCAACAGCAGCAUGGCACGUUCAAGAUCACGGCACUAAAGAGGGGAAAAAGAGGAAGAAAAGGAGGAAAUCUUGUCACACCAUAAACUCACCUUCUCCUCCACCUCUGAUAACACUCUAACAUUCGCUAACCCCCUCAUCUCAUGUUCCCCUUCCCAUUUUGGCUGGUAGAUAGCGACACAAUCUGUUGCCCCCCCCCCUGCAUGCGUUGUGCUGAGUCUGUGAAGUCAUCAUCCUUAGCGUGAACUUUUUGCUGACCCUGCUCACAUGUGCAGCCAGAAUGACCCUCCCCACAUCUGCAAUGGCUCUCUAUACUUGUGCUUGAGUUUAUUGUGGACGUCUUGUAUGGUUUCUUUAACAAAUAAGGUGGAUAAACUGAAGCAAACCCAGACCAGUUGAAGGAUUAUGGCCGGUGCAAGUCCGACUGACUUGACCGUUAUUGCCGCUUUCUGAUUGUCGAAAAGUCUGGGGUGUUUUAUUUUUUUGAGAGCGGUUUUAUGUCUCGUCACACUGUCUUUGUCAUUCCCUCAAACCUUUUUUGUGAACCCGAACUGAUUAAUCAAUUCUUAUGGAGAGCCAUGUGUUUUCAUUCAAACCAUUGUGUCUUAGCUGUAGUUAAAUGUCCUGUCUUAAAUGUGAUGUCGAUCUAUGUUUGUCUUUAGGGCCUAAGAUUGCCUUUGGUUAAAUGUUAAAAACUAGUCAUUUCUAAUGUAUUUCUUUUUCAGUCCAUGAGAUAAUAAUACACUAGCUGUCCUCUUCAUGUAUAACCAAAAUGUCAUGUCCACCUAGCCAGACUCUUAUUCUGAAAGGUGAUGUUGUUGCUAGAUGUCAGAAUCAGAACCUUUUAUUUGAGCUUUAGUGUCGUCUAGUCUCUCCUUUGUUGUCGCUGUUUUUUUCUGACACUCAAACUGUAAAUUAAAUCAACAAAAACCCUUGUGCCUGUCCUCCUGACUACCAACAAAAUGUGCUGUGUUGCCUUCCUGUGUAAAAUAAAAGAACACCAUUUCAAAAAGGUGCUCUGUAACUAAUUUUGGAUUGACACAAUAUAAAGUGUUUUUUGGGAAUGUGUAAGUUGCAAGUUUUCUCAGAAAUAAAAGCUCGGCACUACCACUUGUGCUGUUCAAAACAUCCAUUGUCCAUAUGUCUUGUAAAGCAUCUCUCCCACUGUGUGUGUGCUUGAGCCUCGUGAGUGCUAUGUAGUGUUGUGUCUGAAUGGAUCCUGUGGAUGAAUGUAAAGGUCCUCUUCAUUACUGUAUGUGUAAUUAAACAUGACCAGCCACUAAACUGAGAAUAAAAAAAUUAUAAAACCAA